UGGUAAACAUUCGUACAAUUAACAAUGGACAAAUUAUCCAUAACUGACCACGAUAAGCAUAAUAAUUCCUGUGUCGGUAUUAAAUUCGACAUAAUAUAACUGAUGCUGCUGAUAGCGCUGCUCCUUGAUUUGCCACUACCUGUUUAACCGCAAACCUUGCUGCCUAUUUUUUGUCGCUUUAUUCCUACAGUAUAACCUAGCCCGUAAGCGUUUAAAAAAUGCUGAACACUCUCAGAGUCACAUUUCUCUGCAUCUUGGUCGCGGGAUAUACCGUUGCCCAACCAUUUGGUCAAGUUAGCGAAGAAAGACCCGGAAAUGCACAAGUUCAGCGCACCGCCGAUGCUGUGCGAGAUCAGCUGGAAUCAAAACUGGGACCAGGACAAGUGACGCUGAACAGAGUGAUCCGUUAUCGCUCGCGGGCGGUGGAUAUGUUGGCGCCUGGAGGGGGUCUAACAUUUGGAAUGGUGUACUAUAUGAAAAUUGAAGCUACUCCCGGAAAGUAUAUUCACGCUUCUGUUUCUACUGGACCAAGUGGGCCGAAACUGGGCGCAGUCGUGACAGGAAAACUCUUGUCCGAUCCCAUCGAAGCUUGAUGGCUACUAUUAUCUACUAUACGGUAGUUCCGCUACCAUAAUUUCGUUCAGAAAAUGGAAAAAUUAGGCCAAGAUAUCAUGUCUGCAUGUACUAUGCAGAGUAUACUAUCUGUAUGUAGUACUUGCACAAAUAUUAUGAUAAAAUAUGGGGUAUAUAGAUGUUGUCGUGUAUAACAUGGUGGCUAACACACCUUCAUGAUCAGCGUUGAAAGCUGCGCAUGCAAUGAUGUGCUCUUUCGCAGAUAGUAAUGCAUG